UUAGAAGUGAGUUUGGAUAUUCCGCAAAAAUUCCGAAAUAAUAAUAUUAAUAAUUAAAAAAAAGACUUUAAGUCAACACGUUGGCCAAAAAAAAAAGCUUACUCGGGAGUUUGCGGUUAAGUUGAAAUAAACAGAAUUAACGACCUCGUGAAAGUUCACAACUACGCGUUCCAUUAAUAACUUUAAAAGUAGUUUAGUUCGGUCAAAUUAGAGCCUAAUUUAAGCAAUCUAUAUUUGAAAUGAUGAUUAAUAAUAAUAACACAGGCUUUUUUUCUACAAAAAAAUCUGUCAAAUAUUUUCACCGCACUUUUUGUUGUCAUUCCAAGUUUACCGUAAAUAGCCCAAAUUUAGCCUGCCAUUGACAUUGCAAUAGUAUAACACGUGGUAUGCAUUUUCAAACAUGUACAUGUAGGACAAAGGGCACCAGACCACCGGGGCAGGCAAGGCUAGUGGGGGAGCACAUAUCUCCAUCUACAAGUCUUAAUAAUGUUGUUCAUAAAAUAGAUAACAAGUGCAUGAUUUUACAGCUCCACAUUUUUUCCAAAUGAUCUCAGAUGAACGUGCGUUUGAGUCACAUCUUGCACUUUAAAUGUCACCAACUUGCACUUUCAAUUUUGUUCCGGGUGGGUGCACAGAAUGUGGGAGUGGGCGCUCUUGUCUGUCAUGAGGUGAACAUGUGGUUGCAUUGAACCCCCCCGCCCCUCCCCUCCCCACUCCCACUAUAUUUUUCUCUAUUAGGUCCCAGGCUGAGUCACUUUUUUUUUUCCACUGGCGCGCUUGUGGUGUGAGCGUGAUGAAGCACAUGAGGGUUAGGAGAUCCAGACAAGGGCUCUGUCUUUAAAUUGUCACCAGUCAUUUGCUACUCGGCCCGCAUGAAACGCGGCAGCAGAAGGCAGCGAGCUCAUGUGGCUGGCGGUGGAGUGUUGUGAAAGUGACAUAGCUGCGUGCGUCUCCUGUGAGAGUGUGGCAAGUUGUCUGCAUGCAGGGAAUGACGACUCCUUCCAAGACGAGCAAAGCUUUAAAGGUCAAGAAGGAGUCGGGCGAGAAUGCCCCGGCCCUCAGCGACGACGAGCUGGUGGCCAUGUCCGUGCGGGAGCUGAACCAGCACCUGCGCGGGCUGACCAAGGAGGACGUGGUACGGCUGAAGCAACGGCGGAGAACGCUCAAGAACCGAGGCUACGCCGCCAGCUGCCGCAUCAAGCGCGUCGCCCAGAAGGAGGAGCUGGAGCGCCAGAAGACGGAGCUACAGCACGAGGUGGACAAGCUGGCCCGCGAGAACGCCAGCAUGCGGCUGGAGCUGGAGGCCCUGCGCGCCAAGUACGAGGCGCUGCAGUGCUUCGCCAGGACUGUGACCCGCAGCGGGCCCCUGUCGCCGGGCAAAGUGGCCACCACCAGCGUCAUUACCAUUGUCAAGUCGGCCAAUCACAACAGCUCCGGACCGACGCCCUUUUCGGCGCCGUCCUAGUGUCCACCCGACUGGGGUCUCCGCUUCCCGCCCCAUCCUGACCGGGCCUCGUCCCGCACCGAGUGGAAUCUCACAAGUCAGACUGAAGGAUAAUUGACGGGAUGGCGAGCUCCACGUCCUCUUAUGCUGCAUUCGUGACUCUCCCUUCCUCUGUCCUUUAUCUUCACACCCUAAAAAGUGUCCUCAGAUCUGACAUCUUUGGGCUGGCUUUUUUUUUUUCCCCUCAGUCCUUCAGUUUACACUUUGGAACUACAUUCCCAAUCUUUUUUUGCGGGGGGUUUACAUUGGUAUUCCAAAAGUCACCAUGAGCUUCCUUCUUUUUAUUAGAUUUCUGGCCUCCCUUUGCAAAACUGCCACUUGGGGAGUAUGUCUGUCCACAUUUGCACCAAUUUGGGAUGUAAUCCAUGAUAUACCUGAAAUAAGGAAGCCUAUUGUGACUUUUGGCACAGCCUUUAUUUGCACUGUGCAAACCACCUGCCCCCCCAUCCCCCCCGACACCGUCCUAACAGCACCGGCAGGGUAAAGUUCCUCUUCUUGACUGAGCAAAAGAACGACAAAAACGUCCGACAUGCCUUCGGGUGGCAGCACCAGUUUAUAUUGUUUUGAAAGUAUGUCAAAGCUCACCUAAGCAUUUCCAAGCACAGCGUUGCCUCAAUCAAGGGCUGAGAGAUCCUUUUUCAUGAUAUCUGCUAGGGUUAGGGGUUAGGGGUUAGGGUUAGGGUUGGGGUUGGG